AUGGAAGGCCCCAGUCAUGUGUAUCUCUUCGGAGAUCAGACUGCGGAGUUCGACUCGGGCCUUCGUCGUCUGCUGCAUGCUAAGAAUGACUCGCUGCUAGCAGCAUUCUUCCAAAAGUCUUACUAUGCGUUGCGCAAGGAAAUUACAUCGCUUCCGCCAUCUGAACGUCAGAGCUUCCCUCGUUUUACCAGUAUCGUUGAUCUCCUCGCGAGGUUCAAAGAGUCAGGGCCAAACCCAGCUCUAGAGAGCGCAUUGACGACAAUUUACCAAUUGGGAUGUUUCAUCCACUACUAUGGUGAUUUGGGCCAUGCCUAUCCGUCAGGUGAUGAGAGCUGCAUCAUUGGUCUUUGCACAGGUCAGCUCGCAUCUGCAGCUGUGAGCUCUUCGAAAACUAUCGGCGAGCUCAUCCCGGCUGGAGUUGAGACCGUUGUUGUUGCCUUGAGACUCGGCAUGUGCGUUUUGAAAGUGCAAGAGCUCAUAGAACCUAGCAAAUCGGCAACACCAAGCUGGUCUGUGCUAAUUUCUGGCAUGCGCGAGCCCGAGGCUCUGGAUUUGAUUCAGCAAUACGCGGAGAAGAAUGCUUUGCCCCGGGUUUCUCAGCCUUAUAUCAGCGCAGUCAGCCCUAGUGGACUCACGAUCAGCGGUCCUCCGACCUUCCUAGGCCGUUUCAUUGAGGCCAGUCUCUCGAAGGAGCACAAGCCUACAAGAGUUCCAAUCCACGGCCCUUACCAUGCUUCGCAUUUGUAUGAUGAGAGGGAUAUUAACCGAAUUUUGGAAUCUUGGCCUACCGAACAGUUCAUCAACCACGUGCCUCAGAUCCCUGUUCUGUCGAGCGAGACAGGCAAGGAAUUCCAAGCUGAGAGUCUUGACCAGCUCUUGAGAUUUUCUCUCCAGGAGAUUCUGCAACGACAGCUCUGUUGGGACAAGGUCAUCGAAUCUUGCCAGUCCGCCUUGGAAUCCGCUACAACAUGCACUCUGUUCCCAAUUUCCAGCACUGCAACCCAGAGUCUAUUCAACUCACUGAAGAAGGCUGGAGUCUCCAAUAUCGAGGUUGACAGCACAAUUGGUGAUAUUGCAAUCAUUGGUCUUUCAGGAAGAUUCCCAGAGUCACCUGACACCGAAGCAUUCUGGGAUCUUUUGAAAAAGGGGCUGGACGUUCACCGCGAGGUCCCCCCAGAGCGAUGGGAUGUCAAGGCUCACGUCGACAUGGAAGGAAAGACAAGAAACACCAGCCAAGUUCAAUAUGGAUGCUGGUAUAACGACGCCGGAAUGUUUGACCCUCGAUUCUUCAAUAUGUCUCCCCGUGAAGCGCUUCAAGCAGACCCUGCUCAACGUCUGGCACUUCUUACGGCUUAUGAGGCGUUGGAAAUGGCAGGCUUUAUCCCGGAUAGCACGCCCUCUACGCAGAAGAACCGUGUGGGUGUCUUCUAUGGAAUGACCAGUGAUGACUACCGUGAGAUCAACAGUGGUCAGGACAUUGAUACCUACUUUAUCCCGGGUGGUAACCGUGCUUUCACUCCUGGUCGCAUCAACUACUAUUUCAAGUUCAGCGGCCCUAGUGUCAGUGUGGAUACAGCUUGUUCCUCGAGUCUUGCGGCGAUUCACGUCGCCUGUAAUUCCCUGUGGAGGAAUGAAUGUGACUCUGCCAUCGCCGGUGGCGUCAAUAUCCUGACAAAUCCUGACAACCAUGCUGGUCUUGACCGUGGACAUUUCCUCUCAAGGACCGGAAACUGUACCACCUUUGAUGAUGGGGCUGAUGGCUAUUGCAGAGCAGAUGGAAUUGGCUCCAUUGUCAUUAAGAGACUCGAAGAUGCCCAGGCAGAUAACGAUCCUAUCUACGGUGUCAUUGGAGGAGCUUACACCAAUCACUCCGCAGAGGCUGUAUCGAUUACUCGGCCUCAUGUAGGAGCACAGUCCUUCAUCUUUGACAAGCUUCUCAACGAGUCCAACAGCGAUCCAAAGGAGAUCAGCUAUAUCGAAAUGCACGGAACUGGCACCCAGGCAGGUGAUGCAGUGGAGAUGCAGUCGGUUCUCGAUAUCUUCGCUCCUGAUUACCGUCGUGGACCAACUCAAUCUCUUCACCUCGGUUCCGCAAAAUCAAACGUUGGCCACGGAGAGUCCGCCUCUGGUGUCACAGCCCUGAUCAAGGUCUUGAUGAUGAUGCGGAAGAACAUGAUCCCACCUCACUGUGGCAUUAAAACCAAGAUCAACCACAACUUCCCGACAGACUUCCCGCAGCGCAAUGUGCACAUUGCGCCAAAUGGCGGCAAGCGAAAGACUUUCGUCAACAACUUCUCGGCUGCCGGUGGUAAUACUGCUCUGAUGGUCGAGGACGGCCCUCUUAAUGAGGAGAAUGUGGAAGACCCCCGGUCUGCCCAUCCUGUGCUUGUCUCUGCUCGGUCUCAGGCUGCGCUGAAGAACAACAUCUCUGCUCUCGUGCAGUACAUAGACACAAACAAGAACUCGUUCAAUACCAACGAGGCUAGUCUUCUUGCCAAUCUGUCUUAUACAACUACGGCCAGGCGCAUUCAUCAUCCCUUCAGAGUCGCUGUCACUGGGUCGACUCUGGAUGAAGUCAGGAGCGGAUUGGCUCCUAUCGUCAACCGAGACAGCAUCAGCCCGGCUCCCGUCAACCCACCUGGCAUCGGCUUUGUCUUUACCGGACAGGGUGCUCAAUAUGCAGGCAUGGGACGCCAAUUGUUUGAGAGUUGCUCCCAAUUCCGCGCCCACAUUGAGCACUUGAAUUGUAUUUGUCAGAGCCAGGGUUUCCCAUCUAUUUUGUCCUUGGUCGAUGGAAGUGUGCCAAUUGAAGAGCAUAGCCCGGUCGUUACCCAGCUUGGAACAACCUGCGUGCAGAUGGCAUUGACUAAGUACUGGAUGUCUUUGGGUGUUUCCCCUGACUUUGUCAUGGGCCAUAGCCUCGGCGAGUUUGCAGCACUGAAUGCUUCCGGUGUCUUGACGACCAGUGACACAAUCUACCUUGCCGGGCGGCGAGCCCAGCUUCUCACCGAGCAAAUCAAGGUUGGAACGCAUGCUAUGCUUGCUAUCAAGUCUUCAGUAGCACAGGUCAAGCAGUUCCUUGACGAGGCUACCGAGGUGGCUUGUAUUAAUGCGCCCAGCGAGACGGUCAUCAGUGGCACAUGCGAGAAAAUCGACGAGCUUGCCCAAACUCUACCAACGAAGGUUGAGCCUAUUCUCGAGAGUCUUGCUGAAAUUGGAAAGGGUGUCACUUUCAAUACGCCUUCUAUUCCAUUCGUUUCUGCCCUUCUUGGAGAUGUCAUCAAUGAGACCAACAGCGAGGUGCUUGGUCCCAACUACCUCACCCGCCACUGUCGGGAGACCGUUAAUUUCCUGGGUGCUCUGGAAGCUACCCGGCACUCUAACCUGAUUAACGACAAGACAAUCUGGGUUGAGAUUGGCUCUCACCCCGUCUGCUCUGGGAUGGUUAAGUCUACUUUCGGUCCUCAGGCAACUACUGUGGCAUCUCUCCGUCGCCAGGACGAUACUUGGAAGGUUCUCUCGAAUAGUACUUCGGCUCUUUAUUUGGCUGGGAUUGAACUUCGAUGGAAGGAGUAUCACCAGGACUUCACUGCCGGACACAAAGUCCUUCCACUGCCUUCGUACAAGUGGGAUCUCAAGAACUACUGGAUUCCCUACACUAAUAACUUCUGUCUGCUCAAGGGCGCACCGGCGGCAGCAGCGGCUGAGGCUGCGCCAGUCGCUGUGUUCUUGUCAUCGGCAGCUCAGAAAGUUUUGGAGACGAGUGGUGACAAUUCGUCGGCAUCUAUCGUCAUCGAGAAUGACAUUGCUGAUCCCGACCUCAAUCGCGUCAUUGCAGGUCACAAGGUGAACGGUGCCUGUCUUACUCCAUCGUCCUUGUACGCCGAUAUUGCACAAACACUCGGUGAAUAUCUAGUUCAGAACUACAAGCCCGAGUGGAAAGACCGCGGAUUUGAUGUUUGCAACGUGGUGGUCCCCAAGCCGCUUAUCGCAAAGGGAGGCAAGCAACUAUUCCGCGUCUCAGCCACCGCAAACUGGGCCGAAGAAAGUGCCAAGGUGCAGGUGUGGUCUGUGACACCAGAAGGGAAGAAGAUUCUUGACCACGCCACUUGCGACGUCAAGUUCUUUGACCCCAGUGCUUACGAGAUCGAGUGGAAGCGCAGCUCUUAUCUCAUCAAGCGAAGCAUUGAGCAUCUCCAAGAGAGCACGAUAUCCGGCCAGGCUCACCGCAUGAAGCGGGGAAUGGUCUACAAGCUCUUUGCCUCUCUGGUCGAUUAUGACGACAACUACAAAUCCAUUCGGGAAGUCAUCCUCGACAGUGAACAACACGAAGCUACCGCUCUUGUCAAGUUCGAGGCUCCGCCGGGUAACUUCCACCGUAAUCCAUUCUGGAUUGACAGCAUCGGUCACCUGUCCGGCUUCAUUAUGAACGCUAGUGAUAACACUGAUUCGAAGAAUCAAGUGUUCGUCAAUCAUGGAUGGGACUCGAUGCGGUGCUUGAAGAAGUUCGAUCCCAGUAUCACAUACCGUACCUACGUGAGGAUGCAGCCCUGGAAAGACUCUAUCUGGGCUGGUGAUGUCUAUAUGUUCGAAGGGGAUGACAUCGUUGCUGUGUAUGGUGGCGUUAAGUUCCAAGCUCUGGCACGGAAGAUCCUCGACAUGGCUCUUCCUCCCGCUGGAGCCCCGGCACCCAAGCCGGCCGCCAAGCGUGUUCCUGCUCCCGUCGAUAUCCAGAAGGCAAAGACAGGCCCUGCCAAAAAGGCGUCCCCUUCACCAAAGUCCGGAUUGCCAAGUUUGGCUACACGCGCUCUUGCAAUCCUGGCCGAAGAGGUCGGACUUUCGACGUCUGAGAUGACUGAUGAUCUCAACUUCGCUGAUUACGGAGUUGACUCGCUGCUCUCGCUGACUAUCACUGGGCGAUACCGUGAGGACAUGGGACUCGAUCUUGACUCCAGUGUCUUUGUGGAUAAUCCAACUGUCAAAGCCUUCAAAGGUCUCCUAGCUCAAAUGGGCCCUAGUGAGAGCAGCGAUGGAUCAAGCAGCGAAGGUGACAUGUCAUCGGCCGCAUCCACGACCGACAUGUCGUCUCCAAACACCAGUGAUUGCCUCAAUCUUGGCGAGGAGAUUGGCGUUGAGCCUGAGGAGCUCAGUGGCGAUGCGAACCUUGGUGAGAUGGGUCUGGACUCAUUGAUGUCGCUCACAGUUCUCGGUAAGAUCCGUGAAGAUAUCGACCUCGAUCUUCCUGGAGAGUUCUUCAUUGAGAAUCAGACACUCGAUGAUAUCGAGACUACCCUGGACCUGAAGCCUAAGCUCGCUCCCGCGGAGCCAAUCAGACUCCCCGAACAAAUCCCAGUUCAAGCCCCGGUAGUCGCUCCCAGAACUGCCGUCCAGCACCCGCCGGCCACUUCGAUCCUCCUGCAAGGAAACCCCAAGACAGCGACUCAGAAGUUGUUCUUGUUCCCUGAUGGCUCUGGCUCCGCUACCUCCUACGCUACAAUCCCUGGAAUUUCCCCAGAUGUGUGCGUCUACGGACUGAACUGCCCAUACAUGCGCACUCCCGAGAAGCUCAAGUUCAGCCUGGACGAGCUCACAGCUCCUUACGUUGCUGAGAUCCGGCGCCGCCAGCCCACUGGCCCUUACAACUUCGGUGGCUGGUCCGCCGGUGGUAUUUGUGCCUACGAUGCCGCGCGCCAGUUGAUCUUCGAGGAAGGCGAGCGAGUUGAGCGCCUGCUCCUCCUAGACUCACCCUUCCCCAUCGGACUGGAGAAGCUGCCUCCUCGUCUGUACAGCUUCUUCGACACGAUCGGACUGUUUGGGGAGGGCAAGGCACCUCCUCCCAAAUGGCUUCUGCCUCACUUCCUGGCUUUUAUCGACUCCUUGGAUGCUUAUAAGGCUGUUCCAUUCCCUCACACAGACCCCAAGAUGGCCGACAAACUUCCUAAGACCUUCAUGGUCUGGGCCAAGGAUGGUGUCUGCUCUAAGCCAGGUGAUGCCCGCCCUGCACCAGCUGAGGAUGGUAGCGCAGACCCUCGUGAGAUGCUCUGGUUGUUGAACAACCGCACUGACCUCGGCCCGAAUGGUUGGGAUACCCUUGUCGGGCCGAAGAACGUCGGAGGCAUUACCGUUAUGGAGGAUGCGAACCACUUCACUAUGACCCGUGGCGAGAAGGCCAAGGAGUUGGCUGCAUUCAUUGCUAACUCUAUGGCUUCUGUGUAA